AUGAGUGAAAAUAGAGGGACUUUGUCCACACCCUCACAAUAUUUUUAUCCUAAAGUAGUUUUAUUGUCCCUUAUUCUGACUGGCUCAAUCAUAUCGGGUUAUUCUUUCUUCAAUCGAUUUCUAAAGCAAUAUGCCAAAGUCAGUGAAAUACCCUCAAACGCUUUUAGAAAAAAAUGGCUAUAUGGGAAAGUUACCGCAGUUGGUGAUGGAGACAAUUUCCACUUUUUCCACACCCCAGGUGGCAUACGCGGAGGCUGGGGUUGGCUUAGAUUUGCCCCAGGUUUAGACAAGAGUGAUCCUCCGCCAAGGAAACAAUCUUCUCAAUUCAAAGACAUAAUGAAUUGGAGAGAAAACGAACAAAAACGAUAUUCAAAUUUGCAUUCAAAAUACAAAAAUAGAAGAAACCUACCGACUCUUCCAAUUCGUCUUUGUGGGGUCGAUGCGCCAGAAAGAGCUCAUUUUGGCAAUCCUGCACAACCUUAUAGCGAGGAGGCUUUAAAUUGGCUGAGAUAUACGUUACUUGGACGUCAUCUUUGGGUUAAACCACUGUCUAUUGAUCAAUACGGAAGAUGCGUUGCAAAGGUCGAAUAUUGGGGAUGGACAGGUUGGCGAAACGUGAGUGUGGAAAUGAUCAGACGCGGCUUAGGUGUUGUCUACGAAUCUAAGAAUAGUGCUGAGUUUGAUGGUGAAGAAGAUAUUUACCGAUUUCAUGAAACAGUAGCAAGAACCAACCGCAAGGGGUUAUGGGGACUAAAGCACUUAGAAACACCUGGCGAAUAUAAAAAGAGGGUCGGAAACAUCUCAUAG